GCUAACAGAUGCCAGGAGUUUGUACGGUUGUGUACAUCCAUCGAGCUCGUGCGAGCUUUCCAGUCUUCGAACACGCGCGAACAAGUAAACUUCGAAAUCGAAUCGGAUCAAAGAUAACAUAUAAUAUCUUGUUUUUCACGAUGACGUAACUUUCAUUGCGAUUUGUUGAUUUUUUUACACUUCAAAAAUAAAACACGUGAAAUUGUUAACAUGUAAAUUGUAAACAUAAUUAUCAAAUAUAUUUUUCAUCGAUUAAUAUUAUUUAUCUUAUUAUUAUGGAAACUAGGAAGUUAGUGUUGUCACGAGCUUUCGUGUGCUGUACGAAUGUCAUUUUUUUGAUAUCAGGAUUUAUUCUGAUGUCAUUAGGAGCAUUAUUAUUAGCCGACAAUGAAAGAAUUUUGUUGUCACGUUUAUUAGGAUCCAGCGAUAUUGAAUCUGAUCAACCAUUAUUUUAUUAUUUGGCUUUUGCCACAGCUGGCUUAGGUUUUUUCAUAGCAAUGACAAGUAUCUUUGGAUGUUGGGCAGUUUGUCUUUUCAAUCAAUGUAUUACAAUAUCGUAUAUAGUGACAAUAAUGUUAUUAUUACUUGGUGAAUGUACUGUAUGCAUUGUCACUGUAUUCUGGCCUUACUUAUUGGGAAUUGAUGUUAGACCGGCACGAUUGAUAAGAACACUUCAACGUAGUUACGCAGUUCCAGGACGAGAACAAUUCACUGCAGCCCUUGACCUAGCACAAACCACGUUUUCCUGUUGCGGAAUAAACGGAAGUAAUAAUUACGGUACUUCAUGGUGGAGACUACAGGAAGUUGGUCGAAGAGAAUUGGUGGUACCUCUUACAUGUUGCACCCUGGAUAAUGUAAAUGAGACGGACUCUUUUCUUAAUCCUGAACCUACCAAUUUAACUUUUUGUCAAGCUCUCAAUCCUGCAGAACAUCAAUACGCCCGCCACACGACGGGAUGUUUGGAAAUGAUUGAAAGAUGGACGCAAGAGCAAGCGUUAAUCUUACUAGCCAUUGGUUUGUCGAUUAUCUUCGUUGAGGUCAGCGUCCUUUUAAGUACCUUUUUUGCAUGCUCGAAAAAUAACCAAAGAAAGAAUCCUCAAACGUCAACUUUUACUUCCACGCAAACUCUGAGUCCCUUCAAUGAAAAUGAUAAUGAUUAUGGAUUAGGAAUAGAAAACAGAAUGCAUAUGUCUGGUACCACGUUUGGAGCCAAAUCAUGAAGAUGGUCAGAGGGCAGCGAGAAGUUGGAAG